AAUGUUGGCAAAAUUGUUCGCCAUUUUGAAACUAAUUUGCUCUUCGAACGGUCGAAAGGUUUUAUGUCAUAAUAAUGUGGCAAAGAAAUCUGUCUCAUAUUUUAGAUUCUUUCUUUUCGGGAGUCAGUGUAAACACUGGGAUUUCCAAGGAGCAGAACAAUUUAAAUUUAAACUCCUUCGCAACGGCAAACUUUUCAAAAAAUAAUUUCGAUACCCAUUCUUGUAGAAUAAGUAGUUCGUCUGAAAACGAGACUGAUGAUUCAGACUGUUGCCCGAGCGAAUGUGAAAGUACAGUGGAAUCAAUUGGAUUCGAGGUCGAAAACACAGAUGACCGCUAUGUUACCAUUGCUGAAAAGAUAUUUCACAAAAUCCUAACUGAGCAUAAAGGAAAAUGUUCAAUUACAGAGAUGUAUCAGUUAUUUGAUGGUGUAUCGCAAACUGAAGUUUAUUCUACACUAAAAAAAUUACCUUAUAUACGAUUGGUACAUCAAGGUGAAAAAAUCUGGGUUGUUACAUUUAGACGAUCUAUGGUAAUAUGCUCUAAUUAUGUUGGUACAUCACCAUGUAAUCUUCAGAAUUGUCAAUAUCUUCAUAUAUGCAAAAAUAUUAUUAUGGACUUUUGUCCGUUUGGUCAAAAAUGCAAACUAAAUCAUAACAUUUUCUCUGUACAUAAUAAAAGAAUAUUUGACCGAGAAAGUCUGGGAUCUUUCAAUGCAGCUAAUAUAAAGCUUCUGAUUAGAAAUUCCAUGCCGAAAGUCUGUGAAAACUACGUGCAGAAAUCGUGUGACCAUAUUGAAUGUAUGGAUAUUCACAUAUGCCCUGACCUUAUAGCGCGAGGUAACAAUCACAAAACUGAUGGUUGUAAAUUCGAUCACAAUCUAUAUAGUUCUAACAUUGGAAAUAUCUUUGAAUCCUAUAAAUUAAGAAUUCCGCCAAAAUAUAGGAGAAGGUAUAUUCUAGCUAAAGCAACUGCAAGAAGAGAAAAGGGAACAAAAAAAGUCACGAAACGAACACGUUCUGCAUCUAAAGGCUGUAAAUCCGCAAUGGAGUUAAGUAGUGGGAAAUUUUUAGAAUGGCUGAUAGUAGAAAAGAAAGGGAUAUGCUCUUUAGAAGCAGUUAAAACCUGUCCCUACGUUAAUAUACAGAAGAUAGAAGAGCUCUUCAGACAGUGCCAUACUCGUUUAUUGCUACUACCUUUGGAGUUUAAAGAUAAUUGCAAAGAUGUCAUCGUUAAAAUAUAUUAUCCAGAAUUAAAGUUAUGCGCAGACUAUUGCAAAUCAGAGUGUUCUAGUUCAAAUUGUCUAAAGAUUCAUGUUUGUCAAGCGUGGCUAAAUGGGGCCUGUGAUGUGCAAAACUGCCCUAAAAGUCACAACUUUGAAGAGCCGAGCACUUUAAAGUUAACAAGCAGGCUUGGUUUGGACAAAAAUUACAAAAUAUCUCAUAUGAUUUGCAUUAUUCAAAAUACUUUUCCUGCUGUUUGUGUAUCAUAUAAUUCUGGUGCCUGUAUCGCGGGUGAAAAUUGUCCUUAUCUUCAUAUUUGUGCAGAUUACAUGUUGAGGAGAAGACAUUCUAGCUGUCAAAAGGAUCACACAAACUCGUCUACUUCAACAAAGAGAAUACUUGAUUAUUAUCGUUUAUCAACAUCUAUUCCUCUGAAUGAUUCUGGAUCUGUUAUGAUUCCCAAGUCUCUUUGGAAACAGAAUGGUACAACAGAAAACGCUGUGCUAACUAAAUCACAAGAAAAUAUGGAUAAAAACUUCUCUCAUAUGCUUAAACUUAUAGCUACUGAAAGUGGUUUUGCUCAAGGGGUUUCCAAUACGAAAAAGAAAAAGGCUACAUUUAUACCAAACAUUUCUAAGGAACAUGUGUCAUUACCGAAGACUGGUAGUUUAGAAGAGUUAGCCCGAGCUCAAGAGGGCCACGCUUCCAAAUAUGGAUCUACAGAUAAAAAUAUUGAAGAUGCUAUUAUUGAUUGGCUUAUAAAUGACUGCGAUGGUAAAGCCAAAGUUUAUGAAGUUCUGCGGCAGUCAUUUUGUUCCAACCUGAAGGAACCCAUGGAAUGGCUAAGAACAAGAAAAAGUCUGUUACUAAUUGAUGGUCGUGACCAUAUGGAUAAUACACUACAAGUUAUGAUGAUAGGAUGUCGCUUAUGUAUUAACCAUCUAAAUCCAAAAAAAGUAUGCAGACAUAAAGAAUGUGUGUUUUUGCAUCUCUGCCGGGAUUUUGUUAUGGAUAACUGCAAGCGAAGAGUUUGUAAGAUGUCUCACAAUUUGUCAGAUUCGCACAACAGCAAUGUACUAAACAGUUUAAACUUGUCGAAGUAUGGCGAUAGCAAAAUUAAAAUGAUUAUUCGAAAUUCGAUGCCUCAAUUGUGUGUCCGAUAUUGUAUAGACAAAUGUGACAGGGGCAGUUUAUGUCCCUUUAUUCAUUAUUGCCCUGAAGCCUUUAACAGUCAGCAAAAUGAUUGCAAGUGUAAACGCAAUCAUUGCUUAGAAAACAAACACAACUCUAAAUUAUUUGAAUUUUAUAGAAUUAAUGAAUCCUACAAUGAAUCAAUGAAAAGAAGAAUGAUAUUGUAUGCCAGUGUCCUUACAAAAACAUCUUAA